UUCUUCUUUAUCUUCGCUUCCCUUCUCCUUCCUCACUCCCUCUUCUCCCUCUCUUUGGACUUGCUUUGCUCUGCCCUAAAAACAAAGGAACAGAAUACAGAGCACAUACACUGACAGGAUGUUGCUCGGAAAGAGACGACGACCACCGAUCAACAGAACAACGAGCCUAUCGGAGAUAAAGUUCGAUCUCAACCUUCCCGGAGAAUCUGAGGUAUCAUCAACUCAGCAGAGUCCAAGCCAAAACCCCAUGGUUGAACCAUACGUUUCCAACGGUCAACUCGUAGCAGCAGCCGUCGAUCGACGGCUGUUAGCUAUGGUCUCACCGAGAGGUAAUCUAAGGAGACACUCGGUAGAUUUUUCUGACGCUGGACAUUUCUUGAGAUCUUGCUCUCUCUGCGAACGCUUACUUGUUCCUGGCCGCGACAUCUAUAUGUAUAGGGGAGAUACGGCAUUUUGUAGCUUGGACUGCAGGCAACAGCAAAUAGCACAAGACGAGCGCAACGAUAAAAGUAAACAGGCAAAGGAAUCGACGUUGGCGACCACCAGCAAAGCCGCCAAGGGAGGGCGAGCUUCAACCGCCAUGUAAUCUCCCAUCUUCGCGUACAUUAUAUAUUGUUAUAUUUGUUAUGUGUGGCUUGCUAUGUGUUUGUAUAUUAUGAUUAUAAUAGUGGGGUAAAACAUAUUAAAGCUUUGAGCGUUAAUUGACUUGUGUUAAUCACUCUCGUGUGUUGUGUUGGAAUUAUAUAUGUUUUUUGAGGGGUUUUUCAGAUUUUACAAGUUUUGUGAUAUAUAUGAAGUAAAAAUCAAAUGUAUGCGAGUGAGAUUGCAUUUUAGGA